AUGUCAAACUCUGCAAAAUCUGAGGAUAUCUUAGGACUGAGGUUAGACCGAUGCAUUUCAGAUACACUGAUUAAAACAGGUUCGGGGGCUUUUAUGGGUAUUAUUUUCUCCGUGCUAUUGGCAAAAAGUAAACCGUGGCCUGUUGUUUUCGGUACCGGUCUGGGGCUUGGUAUGAGUAUUGCUAAUUGCAACAAUGAUUUCAAACAACCACUGCCUCUUGUUUCUCAUCGUAUUAAAGUAAGUUCCUUCCCAAAUUGCUUGAUCACCUGUUCUCCUUAUGUAGGGUAG